AUGGCGACGGAGCUAGAAGAGCUAGUCGAUUUUUUAUCGUCUCCUUCUCCGCCUGUGAAGAAAGCUGCAGUGGAGAUUGUUAGUGGAUUAACUGGUUCGGAGGAAGGUUUACAGUCUCUAUCCAAGUAUUCCGAGAUUCUACUUCCAUCACUGUCUCGGCUCCUAAGUGAAAGCAAGGAGGUGUCAGAGCCAGCAGCUCAGGCUCUUGUUAAUCUUUCUCAGAACACUGAAUUGGCUAGGAAGAUGAUUCAGAUGGGUUUGAUCAAAGUGGCCAUGGACAUGUUGUACAAGCCAGAGUCUUGUAUUACUAGAUUGCUUGUGAUGCUUCUAGUGAAUCUCACUCAGCUGGAUGAUGGCGUUUCUUCCUUGCUUCAGAUUGAGGAUGAGAAGAUGCAUGGACUACAUCUCAUGAAGCUUGUUAGGUCUUUCUGCAGGUCUUCUGGAGAAUCUUCUGAUGAUCAGUUUGAGCAUGUUGGCUCAAUCCUAGUCAACAUAUCGAAAACAGAAGACGGGAGGAAAAUGCUACUGGAGCCAAAGAGAGGACUACUAAAACAGAUCAUUAGGCAAUUUGAUUCAACUAAUCAAUUGCGUAAGAAAGGGGUUGCUGGGACUAUCCGUAACUGCUCUUUUGAAGCCAAGAACCAGCUCCAGAAUAUACUCUUGAUCUCAGAGUUUCUCUGGCCCGCUCUGCUCCUACCAGUUGCAGGCAGCAAGGUGUACAGUGAGCAAGAUAUCUCAAAAAUGCCACCUGAGCUUGGAAGCGCACUUUCCAUUGAGCGAGAACCAGUUACUGAUCCCGACAUUCGCGUUCAGACUCUCGAAGCUAUAUAUUUGAUCAUCUUACAGGAGGCAGGUCGAAGGGCAUUCUGGUCAAUCAACGGGCCACGGAUUCUACAAUUGGGAUACGAAUACGAGGAAGAUCCAAAAGUAAUGAGAGCCUACGAGCAAGUCGGUUCUUUGCUUGUUGAAGAAAGUGGAGGCCCGGAACCGGAAGAAUCAUCGGAGCCGACAAAAGCAGAGUCUUAA